AUGGCGGCCAAAUAUCUCUUCGUGUCGGUGCCCUCCAGCAUAACCCCCUCGGGCCACAAGGACGACGCCCUGGCGUCGGUACAGAAAGCGGCCAACCCGUCCAACGGCGACGUCCUCCCCUUCUCCAUCCCCGACUUCAAGAUCGGCACGCUCGAUGCCCUGUUACAGCAGUCCGAGGAACUGGCCAAGCUGGCCGCCGUGUGUCACGGCGUGGUGGGCAAAGUCGGGGACACCUUGAAGAAUAUCCUGGACGGGGACGAGGAGAAGAUUGCCAUGCACAAGAACGUCAAUGAUAAACCACUCGAGCAGUACCUGCGAAGCUUCUCAUGGAACAAAGUCAAAUACCGCGCCGACAGGCCGCUGUCGGAGCUGAUUGAUCUCCUACAGAAGGAAGCAAAUUCGAUAGACAACGACGUCCGGUCCAAGUACAACCAAUACAACUCCCUCCGCACCUCCCUGCAAUCCCUACUUCGCAAACAGACCGGCAACCUCUCGACGAAGUCCCUCGCGCCUCUCAUCACCGACCCCAAACUCCUGGUGCAGAACCAACACUCGGAGCAUCUGGAAACCCACUUGAUCGCCGUGCCGAAUUCCAACGUCAAAGAGUUCAUGAGGACCUACGAAACAUUGGCCCCGAUGGUCGUUCCACGUUCGGCGACCUUUAUCGCCCAGGACCAGGAAUACAGUCUGUACGCGGUGACGUUGUUCCGGAAGCAUGCGCAAGAGUUUGUGCACAAGGCCCGGGAGCGGAAGUGGGUGCCCCGAGACUACAAGUACAAGGAAGGCGGCAAGGAAGAGGAGGAAAAGGAGGUGAAGAGGGUCGAGGCCGAGGAGAAACGAGUCUGGGGAGAGACACUGCGGUUGGGUCGGACGGGCUGGAGUGAGGCGGUCAUGUGUCUCGUGCAUGUAGUCGUGCUGAGGGUAUUUGUCGAAACCGUCCUGAGAUACGGCCUGCCGCUGGAUUAUGUGGCUGUUCUGAUCAAGACGGACUCGAAACGCGAAAAGAGAGUGCGUCAAGGUCUGGACAGCGAGUACUCGUAUCUGGCAGGCAAUGCGUUCGGACGGGACAAGAAGGGCAGGGUGGUGAAAGAUGAAGGGACGGGCCAGCAAGACAUGGUGGCCGCCGGCGACCAAGGAGAGUAUUCGGCCUAUGUGUGUUACGAUAUCGAGGUCGAAUGA